AAUACAUCAUUCUGAAAUCAUGAUCGAAGUUGUAGAAAAUCUUCUUAUGCAAUUAGGUCGCUACGGCUUAUGGCAAAUAAUAACUUUUUCACUUAUCUGUGCUGGAUUUAAUUUUCCAGGAGGAUGGCAUACUUUUCUUCUUGUAUUUGCAGGAAUGAGAUCGACAAAUGUUACCUGCGAAUUACCGGAUGGAGCUACUAUUUCCAAUUUGACAAUACCUUUGGAAGAAAAUAUUGAUGGUGAUCUAGAGUUUAGCCAAUGCCAGAUAUUCAGUUAUAAGCGAGUUGGUGGUAAAUUCGACUUCGAUACGAACAACCCAAUUGACUGUCCCAAUAAAUCGUAUACAGUUCAUGAAAAGGAUUUUAAAACUAGUAUCGAGACAGAAUUUAAUCUGUUCUGCGAUGAUAAAAUUCAGAUUGAAUUAACGUUCACAUAUGCGAUAAUUGGUGCAUUAGCUGGCUCUUUUAUUCUUACACCUAUAGGAGAAUUUGUAGGAAGGAAGCCUUACUUUUUAAUAUGUAAUUGGAUAACUGCUUGUGUGUGUGUUGGACAAGGAUUCUCUCCAAAUAUUAAAGUUUUCCACGCUUUAUCUUUUUUUAGAGGAUUUUUCUUUCAGGGUAUUAUGUCCUCCGGAAUGGUAUUGGCCUGCGAACUUUGGCCAGCCGAUCAAAGAGUAUCGGCAGGGGUUUUUGUUCAAAUUUUUUAUUCUCUUAGCAAUAUGAUAAUGGCAGGUAUGGCUUAUGCAACGCAGAGAUGGAAUCAUCUUCUAUUCAUAGUAGCUGGACCAGUGGUCCUUACUAUUCCCUAUAUAUGGUACAUGCCUGAAUCCAUUCAAUGGUUAAUUGCUAAAGGCCGUUUUGAGCAAGUCAGAAAAAUUUUCCAAAGAGCUGGCAGAGUUAACAAAGUACCAGUUAACUUUCGUCAUUUCGACGAAGCGAUUGCAAAAGUAAAUGAGAGACCCGAAGAAGAACAAAAAGAAGUCCUUCAAAGUAAAUAUUCAAGUCCACUGGCUAUUCUUUACGCACCAAAAGUUAGGCGUUACACCUUUAUUCAAUUUUUCUUAUGGAUUUCUACAAAUUUAUGCUAUUUCGGUUUGGCUUUUGGUACCUCCAGUUUGGGUGGAAAUCCAUAUUUAAACUUCUUUAUCAACUCUGCUGUAGAAAUUCCUGCUGUUUUUAUUUGUUUGUUUCUUUUACCAAGAUUUGGCAGACGUUACGUAAUCUGUGGCUUAUUCGUUGUGGGUGCAGCAGGGCUAUUAAUAAUGAGUCUUAUACAAUUGUCAGAUUAUGAAAAUAAAGCUACAAUUACUACAGUCUUUGCCAUGGUUGGUAAAUUAGGAAUUGGAGGAGUGUUUCUAAAUAUGAUGUUUUAUUCCUCUGAACUGAAUCCAACCACUCAUCGCAAUGUUGGAGUUGCUUUAUGUUUUGUUCUUGGUCUGGUGGCUGGUCUAGUAGCGCCCUAUAUUGGGAUAGCUACAGAAGAUCAUCCUUGGCUAGUUGGCACAAUCUUCGCCGCUACAGCACUAGUUGCAGCCGUCUUGGUUUUAUUUUUACCAGACACUGUUAAUAGGCCUUUACCAGAAGUUAUAGAAGAUGUUCAGGCCUGGACGUUAAAGGUGCAAAUAGAAGAGAAAACUGAGUUUAAAUCUAGAAUGAAGGAACGUAGAAAUUCCUCCAAACAAGAUAUUCUUGAAGGUAUCAACGUAAAUGAGUUAAAGAAAUUAGAUAUCAAAUACUUGAACCGAAGAAGAAGUAGUGUAAAUUUGGCCGAAGUGAAACCAGAACUGGAGCCAAGCACAAAUAAUAAUAAUUCUCUAAGUGGUGCAACAGUAUUGCCUGCAAUAACUAAACCUAUGACCAAGGUGUCUAGCUCAGCAUCAAUAGAUGGAAAUGGUAACAAAAAUGGGGGAUUUUUCCUCGGUGAAUCUAACGAAAAAGAGCAGAGAAAUGGUGAUAGUACACAAUUAUGACAAUUUGAAACUUCUGUAUAACGAAUUAAAAUUUGUAAAUAGUUUUUUAUCAGUUAAUAUCUGUAUUUUUUUAUAUACUGUGAUAACGUAAGCUUCAUUGUAGAGGUCUUUGGUCCUUUCAAGCAUAUGAAACCUCUUAAAGUCUAUUUUUUAAACAACUCAUAAAAGUGCUAUUUAUGAAAUUAAACUAAUAAAUAAUAUCUUACUCUCAGUCUGACUUAUUUACAAUGUCUCAAAAGAGCUUAUAAUCAAUAAUCGUUCCAUUUAUUCCCCUAACUUUGCAGCAAUCAGUUUUUUUUUAAAUCUUCUUGAAAACUUUACUGUUCAAGUAGAUAUUAAAAGAAAAAACAAAAUAAUUAGGUUGGGGUCAAGAAUAAAAAAAAUCAAUGAAAAAAAGCUAAAAAAAAAAUAAUGAUGACAAAUUUUGAAGACUAAACAAUGAGAGAAAAUGAUUAAAAUACAAAAAGAGAAAUAAAAAAAAUUACACAAUGUAGAAAGCUAUCAACGAUAAAAACAGUUUUUUUUUAAAAAAAAUUCUAACGUUCCUUCUCUCUUCACACGUUUAACGGUCUUCGGGCUUUUGAUUUUGGUGGCAUUCCUAUUGGCUUUUUAAAUAAUCCAUCGCGAUCUUUAGACGAACUUGGUUCGGAUCUUGGUCUUGUUUUAGGUAAAGCGGAAUCUAUAACUUGUUGUAAAAGUUCAGCGUCCUCUUCCUCUCCUGCAAUUAAAUGCGGAUAAGUUAACAUAGGAAAAGCUUUUCGUCGAAAGCCUAGAUCUCUUAAAUAAACAAAUGUUAUGCAAUCAUAGAAAACAGAGAGGAGUAAAAUUCCCAAAAGUUUAAUUUAAAAGGUUUUCUAUUUUCUCGCGUUUAUCUUCAAAGUUUCAAUCUUUUCCAAAUGAAUUGGAAGGGAAUUUAGAAUAAUAAACACGACUUUCAAACAACCAGGGAAUAGUUUAAAGUCUUACUAACCGGAGAGACUUGAGUCUGAUGCAUCUUCUUCUUGUUCCUUGUUAGGAACACCAGGAUCACUAGCAGCUAUACGAUUUGAAAGACUCUCUUUAAUAAUGGCGGCUGGUAGCGAUAGGGGACAAUUACUAAUAGGAUUAGAAUCGAUUGUUAAUGCCGAUAAGGCAGAUGUUGUUUCAACAUCUCCUUCAUCGGCCCACAUUUUAGGUUUGUCUUCAUCCUCCCUAUUUUCUGUUGAAGCAGAUAUAAUAUUCGUGGUAGUUGUUGCUGACACGUCCGAAGGUGAAUCUGGUAAGUCAGCUGGACUCACCAUUUCGCUCUCCCUUGAAUGACUAUAGAUGCUAAUAACAUCCGAGUUAACACUACUGAUAUCCUCAUAAUCUUUUAAUGACUGUAGAGAUGAGGUUCGACUAUACAUUAAAGGGGUCUGUUCAAAAGGAACAUUCUUUACACUAGAUUUCUUUGAUGGAUCUUCUGUAUGGGCCUGCAGGGAACUAAGGGAAGACACUCUUGAUAUUAUAAUUGGUGUGUCUUCAACUUCGUAUUUCAUCGGAACUUCAUUUAUUGAUUCUGCUAUAUGAUGCUGAUUUGGAAUAAUAUUUUGUAAAGAAUGAUUUCGAGUUAGAGGUGGUGUUCCCUCUAAAUGAAAGCUAACGACACUAUCUUGAGGUUCUGGGAAACUUUCAAGAUUUGCUGGAG